CUUUGCAACGGAGGAGGCGUUUGAGCCACCCAUUCUGGUUUGCAAUAAACGACAAAGAGGAAAUGGGAAAAAGGAACUGGUGGUUCCAAAAGCAUCACCAGCACCAGCCACCAUAGCUAUUUUAAACUAAAUGGACCGUUACUGCUACUGUUUCUGCAAUCUGCUAGUGCCAGUAAAAUAAAGAAGAGAAAAGAAAAAUAACAAGCAACAAACAGUGAUCGCCGCUGCUCUCGCAGUUCUCAAAGACUCAAACAAUUGGCAUUGCAAUUGCAUGACUUACCAUGAACAACAUCGUCUGCAAGGCUUCGAGUUUGAGCCAUGCAACUCUCACACCCAAUACAAAUUCUUCAUUAUUUCCUGUGAACAAAAGCCCUUGUCUCUCCAACAAAUAUUGCAUUGCGUUUUCCACUGUUAAAAACAGAGCCAAAACUUUUUUGCUGACAAACAAGUACGUGAAAAGAGCGAGAGAUUUCGAUGGAGAAGAAGAAGAAAAAGAAGACGAAGCAAAAGCAAACAGGAACAGGAAAGUGUACUGUGAAGUGGAAGUACUUUCCUGGAGGGAAAGACGAAUUAAAGCUGAAAUUUCUGUUUCCGCUGACAUUGAUUCCGUCUGGAAUGCUCUCACUGAUUAUGAACGUCUUGCCGAUUUUAUUCCUAAUCUUGUUUGCAGUGGAAGGAUUCCUUGCCCACAUCCUGGACGAAUAUGGUUGGAGCAGAGAGGUUUGCAAAGGGCAUUAUAUUGGCAUAUUGAAGCACGUGUUGUUCUUGAUCUCCAAGAAAUUCCUGAUUCAUCCAAUGGUUGUGAACUCCUUUUUUCCAUGGUUGAUGGAGAUUUUAAGAAGUUUGAAGGGAAAUGGUCAGUCAAAUCUGGAACAAGCUCUGGUACUACUAUUUUAUCAUAUGAAGUUAGUGUAAUUCCAAGAUUUAACUUUCCUGCCAUUUUCCUGGAGAGGAUUAUCAGAUCUGAUCUUCCUGUGAAUCUUCGAGCAUUAGCUUGUCAAGCUGAAAAGAAUUUUCAUGGGAAUCAGAAGAUGUCAAUAGCAAAAGAUUUGGUUAGAACUUCUUUGCCUGUUCUUUCUUCACCUGGCAUGGACUGGGAUGGUGCACUCUUAAGAAAGGAGAAACCACCAUCACUAGACCUAAGAGAAAGUUAUGCUAGCUCCAAUCUUGGUCCCCUGCUACCAUCUUCAAGUGAUUUGAAUAGUAACUGGGGGGUUUAUGGAAAAGUUUGCAGAAUUGAUAGGCCUUGCAUGGUGGAUGAAGUUCAUCUUCGUAGAUUUGAUGGCCUAUUGGAAAAUGGAGGCGUACAUCGCUGUGUUGUUGCUAGCAUAACUGUUAAAGCUCCUGUUCGUGAAGUUUGGAAUGUUUUAACUGCAUAUGAGAGUCUCCCAGAGAUUGUUCCAAAUUUAGCUAUUAGUAAAGUUUUAUCUCGUGAAAGCAACAAAGUUCGCAUUCUUCAGGAAGGAUGUAAGGGUCUAUUGUAUAUGGUACUUCAUGCACGAGUUGUUUUAGAUCUGCAUGAAGAACUUGAACAAGAGAUCAGUUUUGAGCAGGUUGAAGGGGAUUUUGACUCAUUUCAAGGAAGAUGGCUUCUAGAGCAACUUGGAAGUCAUCACACACUACUGAAGUACUCUGUGGAGUCAAAAAUGCACAGAGAUUCCCUUCUUUCUGAAGCUAUCAUGGAAGAGGUUAUAUAUGAAGAUCUACCAUCCAAUUUAUGUGCAAUUCGAGAUUAUGUUGAAAAAAGAGUGGCACAAAUUUCCUUGGAAACACAUGAAAACCGACAACUUUCGGGGCAACAAACUUCCUCCUCCAGCAACGACAAUGAAACAGACUAUAGUGAUACUACUGAGAAGGAUUUGGAUUCCAUUAGUGCUAAUUCGCUUAGACAAAGACCUAGAGUUCCGGGCUUGCAAAGGGAUGUUGAAGUCCUCAAAACUGAGCUCCUGAAAUUUAUAUCUGAACAUGGACAGGAAGGAUUUAUGCCCAUGAGAAAGCAACUUCGUUUGCAUGGCAGAGUGGAUAUUGAGAAAGCGAUCACACACAUGGGUGGAUUUAGAAGGAUUGCGUCAUUGAUGAAUCUCUCCCUUGCAUACAAACAACGCAAACCAAAGGGCUAUUGGGACAACCUUGAGAAUCUACAGGAGGAGAUUAGCCGAUUCCAGAGGAGCUGGGGGAUGGACCCUUCAUUUAUGCCCAGUAGAAAGUCUUUUGAGCGUGCAGGGCGUUAUGACAUCGCACGUGCAUUGGAGAAAUGGGGGGGUCUUCAUGAAGUUUCUCGUCUACUGUCUCUCAAGGUGAGACAGAGACACCCCACCCGCAGACAGCCGCAAACUACUGCCAAGGAAAAACCGAUUGACAACAUAGCAAGCAGUGAUAAAGAAAGUGAAGAGAAGGCUCCAAUAUCGAAGCCAUAUAUUUCGCAAAAUACACAAAAGUGGCUCACAAAGCUAAAAGAUUUGGACAUUAAUUGGGUUGAAUGAAUGUGUACGUAGUACUACUACUUUUCUCCAAAUUUUUUAACGUCUCUCUCUGCUUCUUUUUGCUUAUCUUCUUUCUAUCAUGCUGCUAAUCGGACAAAGAUUUAAUGGUUUUUGAGGCUACUAGCUAUGAAGACAGUUAUCAUGAGCGAGUUAAGUUGACAAGGAUAAGGAUAAUUAAUAAGCUUGUGACCAACCCAGGG